AUGACCCCCAAGCCCAAGUCCUACGACGCGGACCGCAAGGCCAAGUCCACCGAGGCCACCUACACGGCCUCGAACGGCGCGCCCGUCCCCCACCCUUACGCUUCCCAGCGCGCCGGCAACCAGGGCCUCCUGCUCCAGGACUUCCACCUCAUCGACCUCCUGGCCCACUUUGACCGCGAGCGUAUCCCCGAGCGCGUCGUCCACGCCAAGGGCUCGGGCGCCCACGGUGUGUGGGAGUGUACCGAGGGCCUCGAGGACCUGUGUCUCGCCGACCUGUUCAAGAAGGGCUCCACCUGCCCCAUCACGAUCCGCUUCUCGACCUUCAAGACGGCCGAGGGUAACUGGGACUUUGUCGGCAACAACACCCCCGUGUUCUUCCUGCGCGAUCCUGCCAAGUUCCCGCACUUUAUCCACACCCAGAAGAGGCACCCGGCCACGCACCUCGGCGGCGGCGACGACGCGACCAUGUUCUGGGACUACCUGUCCAACAACCCCGAGGCGGCGCACCAGGUCAUGAUCCUCAUGUCUGACCGCGGCAUUCCCGACGGCUUCCGCCACAUGCACGGCUACUACGGCCACACGCUCAAGUUUGUCAACAAGAAGGGCGAGUGGCAGUAUGUCCAGCUGCACCUCAUCUCGGACCAGGGUAUCAAGACCCUCACCAACGAGGAGGCCGGCAAGCUGUCGCCGGACCACGGCCAGAAGGACCUGUACGAGGCCAUUGAGCGUGGCGAGUUCCCCUCGUGGACCAUGAAGGUGCAGACCAUGACCCAGGCCCAGGCCGUCGAGGCUUGGGAGAAGAAGGGCAUCAACGUCCACGACCUCACCCACAUCUGGCCCCACGCCGACUACCCCCUGCGCACUGUCGGCCGCAUCAAGCUCAACGAGAACGCCGCCAACUACUUUGCCGAGGUCGAGCAGGCCGCCUUCUCGCCGAGCCACAUGGUGCCCGGCAUUGAGCCGUCGGCCGACCCCGUGCUCCAGUCGCGCCUGUUCUCGUACCCGGACACGCACCGCCACCGCCUGGGCACAAACUACCAGCAGCUUCCCGUCAACCAGAGCGUGACGGGCUACGCACCCUCCAACUUCCAGCGCGACGGUGCCAUGUCCUUCUACAAUCAGGGCGGCCGCCCGGGCUACCUGUCGACGCAGGACGCCGUCACCUUCCAGCCGGCCAAGGUCAACGUCGACGCCGUGCACGGCGGCUUUGUCGCGCAGGCCGUGUCGUUCCUGUCCGCCAUCAGGCCCGAGGACUUUAACGCGCCCCGCAACCUCUGGCACAAGGUCUUUUCGCAGGGCGAGCGCGACCGCUGGAUCGCCACCGUCUCGGGCCACAUGUCCACCGUCAAGGACAAGGAGAUCAUCCGCCGCCAGAUCGGUAUCUGGCGCGAGGUGUCCGAGGACAUUGCGUCCCGCCUCGAGCAGGCCACCGGCAUCAAGGGAUACCCGGGCAUCAAGGGCGUGCAGUUCAACGGCUCGGGCAACGCCAUGGACGCCAGCAACCUCAUCAGCGCCAACGGCUCAAAGGUCGGCGGCGUCGCGCAGAACGGCGCACCCUCAAAGGCCAAGCUUUAA